GUCUCAUAUCGGAGAUAACUGUAGCGGAAGAAGAAAGCGCAGACAAUUGUGAGGGUUCGUUUACGUGUUCAGAUUGCGGAGAAUGUUUCAUGUGGAAUAAAGACUUUCUCAAACACCAGAAGACUCACACGGGCGAGCGUAUUUUCCCAUGCUCCGAGUGCGAGCAGAGUUUUACUCGGAAGGAACACCUUCUGAGGCAUCGGAGACUUCACACCGGUGGGAGUCUCUUCUCCUGUUCAGUGUGUGGGAAGUGUUUCACUCGAAAUGAACACCUGCUUAGGCACCAGAGGUGUCACACAGGAGAGCGCCCUUUUUCCUGUCCAGAGUGCGGUAAAUGUUUCACUCAGAAAGGAAGCCUCGUCAUACACAUGACGAGUCACUCCGACGAGCGUCCUUUUUCAUGUUCAGAGUGCGGAAAAUGUUUUACUCGCAAGAGGAUACUUAUUGUGCACCAGAAAAGUCACACGGGUGAACGUCCUUAUGCCUGUCCGGACUGUGGCAAAUGUUUUACGUGGAAAAAGAACUUUCACAGGCACCAGAGAAGUCACACGGGCGAGCGCCCUUUUUCCUGCUCAGAGUGCGGCAAAUGUUACACUCAGAAGGGCGACCUUCUUAGACACCAGAGAGGCCAUACCGGUGAGCGUCCCUUUUCAUGCUCGGAGUGUGGAAAGAGUUUCAUGCGGAAAGCCGACCUUCUCACUCACCAGAGAAAGCAUACCGGCGAGCGUCCUUUUUCAUGUUCGGAGUGCGGGAAGUGUUUCGUUGAAAGAGGACACCUUCUGACGCACCAGAGAAUCCACACCGGCGAACGUCCUUUUUCGUGCUCUGAGUGCGGGAAAUCUUUCACUCAGCAAGGGAACCUUCUGACGCACCAGAAGAUUCACAUGGGAGAGCGCCCGUACUCGUGUUCAGAGUGCGGGAAAUGUUUCACGCUGAAAUCGCAUCUCAUGGCGCAUCAGAAAACCCACGCUGGAGAACGUCCAUUUCAAUGUUCGGAGUGUGGAAAAUGUUUUCUUCAGAAAGAAGAUCUUCUUACGCACCAGAGAAUCCACACCGGUGAGCGUCCAUAUUCAUGUUCAGAGUGUGGCAAAUGUUUUGCGCAGAGCGGAAAUCUCACGGCACACCAGAGAAUUCACAAGGGUGAGCGUCCUUUUUCCUGCUCAGAGUGUGGAAGGUGUUUCCUACGGAAAGGACACCUUCUUAUACACCAGAAAAGCCACACAGGUGAGCGUCCUUUUUCUUGUUCAGAGUGCGAGAAAAGUUUCACUCACAAAGGAGACCUUCUCACUCACCAGAGGCGUCACACAGGCGAACGUCCUUUUUCUUGUCCAGAGUGCAAGAAGAGUUUCACACGUAAAAGAGUACUUAUUGCUCACCAGAAAAGUCACACAGGAAAUUAUACUUAUUACUGCCCAGAGUGUGGGAAAUGUUUCACUCAGAAGGCACACCUUCUUACACACCAGAGGAGUCACACAGGUGAGUUUCCAUUUUCCUGUAUGGAGUGUGGGAAAUAUUUUACUCAGAAAGGACUGCUUCUUACACACCAGAGAAAUCACACAGGUGAGCGUCCUUUUUCAUGUUCAGAGUGCGGGAAAGGUUUCAUGCGAAAAGGACACCUUCUUACACACCAGAAAAGUCACACGGGUGCACGUCCUUUUUCAUGUACGGAGUGUGGGAAGUCUUUCAUACGGAAAGGCCAUCUUCUUACACAUCAGAAAUGUCACACUGGGGAGCGACCUUUUUCCUGUUCGGAGUGUGGGAAAUGUUUUACACAAAAAGCAAACCUUCUUACGCAUCGGAGGGUUCACACAGGGGAACGGCCUUUUUUAUGUACAGAGUGUGGUAAAUGUUUCGUUCAGAAAGGAUACCUACUCAUACACCAGAAAAAGCACACUGGAGAGCGUCCAUUUCCGUGCCCAGAGUGCGGGAGAAGUUUCAGUGUGAAAGGGAACUGUAUUGUGCACCAGAGAACUCACACGGGCGAGCGUCCGUUCCCAUGUUCAGAGUGCGGAAAAAGUUUUGCUCGGAAAAGUGUACUUAUUGAACACCAGAGAAUUCACAUGGGCGAGCGUCCGUUUUCAUGCGCAGAGUGUGGAAAAUGCUUCACUCAGAAAGGAGAUCUUCUUACGCACCAGAGAAGUCAUACGGGCGAGCGUCCUUUUUCAUGUGCAGAGUGCGGUAAAUGUUUCACGCGGAAAGAAAGGCUUCUUACACACCAAAGAAGUCAUACGGGUGAGCGUCCUUUUUCAUGUUCAGAAUGUGGGAAAAGUUUCACUCAGAAAGAAAACCUUAUUACGCAUCAGAGAAAACACACGGGCGAGCGCCCUUUUUCAUGCACAGAGUGCGGCAAAUGCUUCACUCGGAAAGAAAGGCUUCUUACACACCAAAGAAGUCAUACGGGCGAGCGUCCUUUUUCAUGUUCAGAGUGUGGGAAGACUUUCACGCAGAAAGAAAACCUCCUUACGCAUCAGAGAAGUCACAGGGGUGAGCGUCCUUUUUCAUGUUCAGAGUGCGGGAAAAGUUUCACUCGGAAAGACUCCCUUCUUAUGCACCAGAAAAGCCACAAAGGAGAGCGUCCUUUUUCAUGUUCAGAGUGUGGGAAGGGUUUCACAUCGAAGCAGGACCUUCUUAGACACCAGAGAAGUCACACGGGCGAGCGACCUUUUUCCUGUUCGGUGUGCGAGAAAAGCUUUGCCCAGAAAGGAGACCUUCUUAGACACCAGAGAAUUCACACAGGCGAGCGUCCUUAUUCGUGUUCAAUAUGCAACAAAUCUUUCAGUCGUAAAGGACACCUUAUUACGCACCAGAGGGGACACACAGGCGAACGUCCUUUUUCAUGCACACAGUGCGGGAAAUCGUUUGCUCAAAGAGCGGCAUUUGUGACCCACGAGAGAAGUCACACUGGUGAACGUCCUUAUGCGUGUCCACAGUGCGGGAAGUGUUUCGGUCAAAAAAAGUUACUUACUGUGCACCAGAGAAGUCACUCGGGCGAGCGUCCUUUUUCUUGUCCAGAGUGUGGGAAGCUUUUCACUUACAGAGGAGACCUUCUUAGGCACCAGAGGAGUCAUACGGGAGAGCGUCUCUUUUCAUGUGCAACGUGUGGCAAAUCUUUUUUUCGGAAGGGGCACCUUGUUACCCACCAGAGGAGACACACAGGCGAGCGGCCGUUUCCAUGUACGUACUGUGUGAAAUCUUUUGCGCAUAAAGCAGCAUUUGUGGCUCAUCUGAGAACUCACACAGGGGAACGUCCCUUUUCAUGUACAGAGUGUGGGAAGUGUUUCACUCAGAAAGGAGCACUUACAGCACACCAGAGAAGACACACGGGUGAUCUUCCUUUUUCUUGUCUGGAAUGUGGCAAAGGUUUUGUAGAGAAAGGACGCUUUGUUAGACACCAGAGAAAACACACAGAUCAUCAUGGGACACACAAACAUAUUGCAUGUUCAGAGUGCGGGAAAAAAUUCUCGCAGAAAGGAGACCUUCUUAGACACCAGAGAAUUCACACAGGUGUGCGUCCUUAUGAAUGUUCAGAGUGUGGAAAAUGUUUCACUCAGAAGGGGGACCUUCUCGCGCACAAGAGAAGACACACGGGCGAGCGUCCUUUCUCAUGCUCUGACUGCGGGAAAAGUUUCAGUCAGAAUGGUGAUCUUAUCAGACACCGGAGGAUUCACACCGGUGAGCGUCCCUUUUCAUGUCCGGAGUGCGGGAAAAGUUUCACUCAGAAAGGAGUACUAACUGCACACCAGAGACGUCACACGGGCGAGCGUCCGUUCUCGUGUUCGAAAUGUGGCCGAUCUUUCGUUCAAAAGGGAAACCUUCUUACCCACGAGAGGAAGCACAUUUGUGAGGGUCCUGUUUUAUGCUUUUUAUAGUGUGGGA